GACGACGCUGCUGCUGAUAUCGGCCACCAUCUCGACCUUAUCCGCAUCAUUCCCCCUCCGAUACCGCCUCCGCUGACCUCGCGGCCUCGUCCCUCUCUCAUCCUGGUGGUUUCUCAGCCCUCCUCGUCGGGCCAAAAAUCGUGUGUUGGGACUCCGCGCAAAUCAUUGCAUCACCCGCCCACGCACCACACACGCGAUCCACCCGCAAUCAUCAACCUCCUCCUACCUCCCUAACGACCAUCCCGCAUCCUCGUCGACCUUGCCGCUCUUUUUCUUGAUAAAUCUGCGACUCUGCCACCCCCCCUCGCCAUGGCUGACGCGCCCAACUCUGGCGAUGAGCUGUACCCUAUCGCCGUCCUCAUCGACGAGCUAAAGCACGACGAUGUUUUGCUCCGUCUUAACGCCAUCCACCGUCUCUCCACCAUUGCUCUCGCUCUCGGCGCUGAACGAACUCGUGAGGAGCUCAUCCCCUUCCUCGAUGAGUCCGUGGAGGAUGAGGACGAGGUCCUCGUCGCCCUGAGCGAAGAGCUCGGUGGUUUUAUUGAGUAUGUCGGUGGUGCUCAGUGGGGUCACGUCCUGCUGUCGCCCCUCGAAAACCUCGCUGCUAUCGAGGAGCCCGUCGUGCGCGACAAGGCCGUCGAGUCCCUAAACAAGAUUUGCUCCGAGCUCUCACCCCAACAAGUCGAGGAGUACUUCAUCCCCCUCACGAUCCGCCUCGCCAAGGCCGAUUGGUUCACAUCAAAGGUCUCGGGAUGCGGUCUCUUCACAACCCCUUACAAGAAGGUCUCCCCGCCUGUCCAAGAACAGUUGCGCCAACAGUUCGGCAUGCUCGUCCACGAUGAGACCCCCAUGGUCCGUCGCCAGGCUGCCACCAACCUGGCCAAGUUCGUCAAGGAGAUGCCUGCCGCCAUCGUUGUCGACGAAAUGAUACCCCUCUUCCAACAUCUUGCACAAGACGACCAAGAUAGCGUUCGAUUACUGACGGUCGAGGUCCUCAUCUCGAUUGCCGAGGCCGUUCCCAAGGAGCAACAGUCGAGUCACGGCGUCCUCCUGACGUCCCUACGCAACUUGAUAGAGGAUAAGAGCUGGAGGGUGCGAUACAUGAUUGCCGAUCGUUUUGAAAAGAUCGCCAAGGCAGUUGACGAGGAGGUCGUCUCGCGAGAUCUUGUCCCCGCAUUCGUGAAGCUUCUCAAGGACAACGAGGCCGAGGUCCGAACCGCUAUCGCUGGCCAGAUCCCCGGCUUCUGCGCUCUCGUGGAUCGCAACGUUCUUCUCAACGACAUCAUGGGCAGCAUCGAGGACCUCGUCUCGGAUACUUCCCAGCACGUCCGUGCUGCCCUCGGUACUCAGAUCAGCGGCUUGGCUCCGAUUCUCGGCAAGCAAGAGACCAUUGACCACCUACUUCCCAUGUUUCUUCAGAUGCUUAAGGACGAGUUUCCGGAGGUUAGGCUCCACAUCAUUUCCAAGCUUGAGCUUGUCAACCAGGUCAUUGGUAUCGAUCUCCUCUCACAAUCGCUUCUCCCCGCUAUCGUGCAACUGGCCGAGGAUAAGCAAUGGCGAGUGCGACUUGCCAUUAUCGAAUACAUCCCUCUCCUCGCCAGCCAGCUCGGCGUGCAAUUCUUCGACGAGAAGCUCAGCAACCUGUGCAUGGGCUGGCUGGGAGACACGGUCUUCUCGAUCCGCGAGGCUGCUACUCACAACCUUAAGAAGUUGACCGAGGUAUUUGGCGUGGAAUGGGCCAGCGAGGCUAUCAUCCCCAAGGUCAUGGCCAUGGGCAACCACCCCAACUACCUGUACAGAAUGACCACCUGCUUUGCCAUCUCUACUCUGGCGACCGUGGUGAGCAUGGACGUCAUCGCCAAGUCGAUCCUCCCAAUGCUUGACAAGCUUGUUGGAGACGAUAUCCCCAACAUCCGAUUCAACGUGGCCAAGACGUACGCAGUGCUGAUCGAUGUGCUCCGACGCCUGCCCGACGAGGGCACCCUGCACGACCUCGAGAAGCAGGGCAGUGAGAUCACGCCGUCACCACGAGGCAUGGAGCUGAUCCAACAAAGAGUUGUGCCCAACUUAGGCAAGCUGCAGAAGGACGACGAUGUGGAUGUGCGGUACUUUGCUACGACAGCGGCAGCUGCUGUCACGGGACCCAUUGCUGGCGGAGAGCCCAUGAAUACAUCGCCAUAGAUGAGAGACGUAAUGAAGCAAUAAUUGUUGCCGCGGCAGAUUUUUUUUGGUCUGUUUUUGUUACGUCCGUAUCGCCAGAGAGAAGAGAGCCAAUGAGCCACCACACGUUGCAUAUUAGAAGUCACAAGCCGGACCGGGCAGUCCUGGGCUGGACCGGGACUGAGGAGGAUGGAAUGGAUAAGACAUGGGUUGAGAAGAGAUAUCCACGCAAAGCCUCUAGAGAAAGCGGAGGACGAGAGAUGAGGGGUCGGGCUUGGGCAGACAUCCAGGUGCUGGUGAGAGGGCCAGGCAGGGUAGUCCAGGCGCCGAUCAACAAGUCCAAAUAUCAAUGUAUGAUAACAAACAGAGCUUGCAGAAGUGAAUGAUAUCAACUGUUAGUGACCA